AUGGGACUCCUGGACUCGAAGCCGGGCAGCGUCCUGAACGCGAUGUCCACGGCGCUCAACGACACCGUGGAGUUCUACCGCUGGACCUUGACCAUCACAGAUAAGCGCGUCGAGCACUGGCCUCUGAUGCAGUCUCCACUGCCUACACUUUGCAUCAGCACCCUGUACCUCCUCUUCGUGUGGCUGGGUCCAAAAUGGAUGAAGGACCGAGAACCUUUCCAGAUGCGUUUAGUGCUCAUUCUCUAUAAUUUCGGGAUGGUUUUGCUUAACCUUUUUAUCUUCAGAGAGUUAUUCAUGGGAUCAUAUAAUGCAGGAUAUAGCUAUAUUUGCCAGACUGUGGAUUAUUCUGAUAACGUUCAUGAAGUCAGGAUAGCUGCUGCUCUGUGGUGGUACUUUAUAUCUAAAGGAAUUGAGUAUUUGGACACGGUGUUUUUUAUCCUGAGGAAGAAAAACAACCAAGUCUCUUUCCUUCACGUGUAUCAUCACUGUACCAUGUUCACGUUGUGGUGGAUUGGAAUUAAGUGGGUUGCAGGAGGACAGGCAUUUUUUGGAGCCCAGAUGAAUUCCUUCAUCCAUGUGAUUAUGUACUCAUACUACGGGUUAGCUGCCUUCGGCCCGUGGAUUCAGAAAUAUCUCUGGUGGAAGCGAUACCUGACCAUGCUGCAGCUGGUGCAGUUCCACGUGACCAUCGGGCACACAGCGCUGUCCCUUUACACCGAUUGCCCCUUCCCCAAAUGGAUGCACUGGGCUCUCAUUGCCUACGCGAUCAGCUUCAUAUUCCUCUUCCUUAACUUCUAUGUGCGGACGUACAAAGAGCCUAAGAAAGCAAAACCUGGAAAAACAGCGGCGAAUGGUAUUUCAGCAAAUGGUGUGAACAAAUCCGAAAACCACCUAGUGGUAGAAAAUGGCAAGAAGCAGAAAAAUGGAAAAGCGAAAGGAGAGUAA